AUGAGGAAUUUCACCCCCGUCCUCGCCACCCUGGCACUCGCCAGCACCGCCUGUGCACAAGGGUCCUUGUGGAAUGGGACAUCACCGCUCUACAAGAACCCCAAUGCCACCAUAAAUGACCGAGUGGCCGACCUGCUGAGCCGCAUGACAAUAGAGGACAAGGCGUCACAGCUGCUCCAGGGAGACUUCUCCAACUGGAUCAACGUCACAGAUGGCAGCUUCAACGCCAGCGGCCUGGAAUGGAACAUGCAGUACCGGGCGGCCGCCUUCUACGUUGGCUACUACACCAACUGGACGACCCUUGCCGACGGCAUCAAGGUUGCUCAGGACUACCUGACCCAGAACACCACCCUUGGUAUUCCCGCCUGGGUCCAGUCCGAGGGCAUCCACGGCUUUCUGGCCGUCAAUGCCACCAUCUUCAACUCGCCUAUCGCGCUCGCCUGUUCUUGGAACCCGGGCUUGGUCGAGAAGAUGGGCAAGGCCGUUGCGCAGGAGGCCCUUGCCCUCGGCGUGAACAACAUCUUCGCUCCCGUGGUGGAUCUCGCCCGUGAGCUGAGGUUCGGCCGAGUCGAGGAGACGUACGGAGAGGACCCGUAUCUCUCAGGAGAACUAGGAUAUAGCUACGUCAAGGGGCUGCAGUCCGGCAGGGUCGCGGCCAUGGUGAAGCACUUUGCCGCCUUUGCCACGCCAGAACAAGGCAUCAACACCGCGCCCGUGCACGGAGGAGAGCGGGAGCUCCGGACGACAUACCUGCCGCCUUUCAAACGCGCCAUCAUCGACGCCGAAGCCGUGAGCAUCAUGUCGGCAUAUCAUUGCUAUGAUGGUGUGCCAGCGGUGGCUGACUACCACAUUCUGACAGAGAUUCUUCGGGACACCUGGGGCUACGAAUACUUUGUUAUGAGCGACGCAGGAGGUACGGACCGUGUUUGCACGGCUUUCGGGCUUUGUCAAGCCUCACCCAUCGACUCCGAGGCUGUCGUGUCUCUCGUUCUCCCAUCUGGUAACGACAUGGAGAUGGGCGGUGGGUCUUACAACUUCCAAAAGAUCCCCGAUAUGAUCGAAGCCGGCACGCUCGAUGAGGCAAUUGUUGACCUUGCCGUCUCACGAGUGCUCCGGGCCAAGUUCAAAAUGGGCCUGUUCGAGAACCCCUCCACUGGAGUUCCAGAGGAUGAGUACGGGAACUACAUCAACACCAACGAAACGCAGCAGCUCGCACGCCAGCUCGAUACCGAGUCCAUUGUCCUGCUUGAGAACCACGAUAAUGUUCUCCCGCUGAGCAAGACUGCUAACGUGGCUGUAAUCGGACCCAUGGCCCACGGUCUAAUGAACUAUGGCGACUAUGUCGUAUAUAAAUCUAACUACCGUGGCGUUACGCCACUCGACGGUAUCAACGAAGUCAGCGAGGGCACCGUUACCUUCGCCCAGGGGUGCGAGCGCUGGUCGACCGACGAGUCCGGAUUCCCUGAGGCCAUCGCCGCCGCCGAGGCAGCUGACGUCGCCGUCGUUGUGGUGGGGACCUGGUCCCGCGACCAAGGCGAGCUUUGGACUGGACUGAACGCCACCACGGGCGAGCACAUUGAUGUCUCAGACCUCAAGCUCGUGGGCGCUAUGCCGAAGCUCGUACAGGCCAUCAUCAACACGGGAAAGCCGACUGUAGUGGUUUUCAGCUCCGGGAAGCCAAUCACCGAGCCUUGGAUCAGCAAGAAUGCCUCGGCACUCGUGCAGCAGUUCUACCCCUCCGAGCAGGGAGGCCAUGCUCUCGCUGACGUGCUGUACGGAAACUACAACCCCAGCGGACGCCUGAGCGUUUCCUUCCCGUACGACGUGGGAACGACCCCUAUCUACUACGACUAUCUCAACUCGGCUCGUGCUUAUCCCAACCCUGGGCAAGUCUUCCCCAAUGGGACAUUGGUCUAUGGUAACAAUUAUGUGCUGCAGUCGCCCUUGGCGCUAUACGAUUUCGGCUAUGGCCUCUCGUACUCCAACUUCUCGUACUCGCCUGUCACUCUGUCUUCAACCACUGCGUCCGCAACCGACAAGAUCACGGUCUCGGUAGACGUGACCAACAAUAGCACCGUCGAUGGGACAGAAGUCGUGCAGGUCUACGUCAAGGACGUCGUCUCCUCGGUCGUGGUCCCGAACAAGGAGCUCAAGGGCUUCGCCAAGGUCCCCAUCGCGGCAGGUGCCACGGAGACAGUCAGCGUUGACUUGGACGUGGCAAAUCUAGGGCUUUGGGACAUGAAGAUGAACUAUGUCGUUGAGCCUGGCAACUUCACCAUACUCGUUGGCAGUUCCAGUGGCAACUUGCCUGUGAACGCUACGUUGACGGUGGCCUGA